CAGGCGAUGGAAAAGCCUCUCCAUUUCCUCUUCGUCAUGGAGGUGCACAUAUACUAAAGUUCCUGCAUGAUGCAUGAUUUCAUCUCUAGUGAAGGUAUUGUCCACUAAGUGCUCACAGCCUGAAUCUAGUACCCUAAGGAAAUCCUCCCAAGUGUUGGCAUUCUAAGUUUCCACUGCAUCACAACAGAGAAGCACGUCUCAGUUCAGUAGGAGGACAAUUACUCACAACUGCUAAUGACUUUUCUGUCGCGGCAACAGCAUCUUCAAUUGCAGCCGUCGAGAUGUCAGAAGCCACAAUGCCCUUAGUCAUCGCUACAACACACUAUUUAUAAUUCAACUGCCCCUUCAUGCCCCAGUCCUAUCUAAAACCUUCGCUUCGCGUUGCACCUGCCCCUUCACACAUAUUCGCAACUUGAUGGAUGUUCCGAGAGCUGUUGGUAUUGUCUGCUCUGCAAUCGAUGCACUACUUCGUCUUCCGCCCUGUCGAGUGCUUCCCAACGCCAGCGUAGGCAGUCUCCAUCAUCCAAUAUAGUUCUGCCGACAUAUUGCGAUGCGCGGGACUUGCCGUGGCCACAGUCAGCGUAGCCAAAAGAUUUAAGCACCUCACGACGAAAAUGACGAUGGCUAUGAGAAGUUGACAACAAGGAACAAGUAUUGUUGGAGAACGGAGGCUUCAACACCACAGCCAGAUGCAUGGCAUACAUGUCAUCAUUUGACAUUAUUGCUCGUAGCAGUGGACCAUAUUCUCAGUGUGCCCGUGCCAUAACUCCGACCUACCGACAGUUUUGUAGGCGCGAUAUAGUGUAAUGUGCAUGUAAUCCUUUGUGAGUCAACGCUUGCCAUUCACGCUUCUGUUAGGCGUAGAGACGUAUGGGGCAUACUGAUUGUGUUGAUGUGCGAGGACUGCUGCUAUUGUGGAUCCCGUAAUAGCAAAAACGGACAGGAUCGUUGUGUUUGCGAGGGGCAUUCGUCAGGUGUUACUUGGAUUUUACUUGACUUAACUCGCAAUCCACAACCUGAGACGGAUUAGAAUGAAUCCUAGUAUCUUGUGAGUACAGAAUCAGAACAGAUUUGCUUUCUUGCGAUGGGAUUUAGAGCUGGGAGUGUGUUGCACCAUUUCUGGUGAAAAGAAAUAGCUUCGUGUUAUCGGAUCCGCUGACAUUCUUCGGGGGUUGCUUUCUCUAGGUCCAGUCUGUCUCACCAGAGCAUGCGCAUUAAUACCAAUUUCAACUAUGGGUCAUAUUCUAGGCAAAGGUUGGGACCUAGGGAUGGAUUGCUCUGCAUGAUCAAUUUCUUAGCGGGCAAUUUGCGAUCUGGGCAGCGUUGCGAGGGUCCACUGGCAAGCCAUGCUUCUUAGAUCAUCGCCAAAGCUUGGCAUUUCUGGACUGCAUUGAAGACUCAGAACAUUUUGUAUUGGACUUCUAGGGUUUGGGAUGCUACACAGGAUUUAUAUUCGAAGACUCUGUCGCCGCUGAACCUAAAUGAAAUUUCUUCUCUGCGUAUCCUAGCUACCUCAGUCAAUCAUAAGCACUGAUUCAGAAUUUAGCUGUAGGGUUUAGUACAAUUAGUGAUAUCAUGUAUGCUAUGCAGGACGAAGCAGGAGCGAUCACUCUGAUGAUCGUCUCCUUAUGGUGUCUAGGAUCGUGGCCGGCGCUGUUUAACUUGCUGGAAAGGAGAGGCCGAGUUCCCAUGCAUACUUACUUGGACUACACUUUUUCCAAUUACUCAGUUGCAUUACUUUUCGCCCUCACAGUAGGGAACAUCGGCCCCGACACGCCCCAGUCACCCAACUUCCUCAAACAACUGUCUCAAGAGAAUGGUCCUUCAGUAGCGUUUGGUUUGGCUGGUGGGUUGGCCUUGUGUUUGGGUAACAUUUGCCUUCAGUAUUCGCUAGCAUUCGUGGGAAUCUCUUUGACCGAGGUUGUGUCAGCAAGUGUUGCUGUGGUUCUCGGAACGACAGCAAAUUACUUUCUGGACGAUGGUUUAAAUCGUGCGAGCAUAUUAUUCCCUGGUGUGGCAUGCUUUUUGGUGGCAGUUGUGUUAGGAUCAUUCUGCCAUGCCUCUAAUGUGGCCGAUAUGCAAACCAAGAUUAAAGCUGCGGAACCACUUUCACAAAUGUUGGAAGACAUGAAGAGCCCAAUGAAGGGCUCGGAAGAAUUUACAGCUCUGUUAGUAAACUCCUCAAACAAUCAUGAAGCUUAUACCGAGUAUCAUGGUGACGUAAAAAGAGUGGCAAGUUCGUUGAAUGUUUUAUCGUCAAGCCAUAAUAGUGAUUGUAAAAGCAGGAAGCCAGAGCCACUUUCUAAGGGCGUGGUCGCCAAUGCUGAAUAUUUGCUAAAUUUGGAAUCGCAUAGAGCAAUCAAGGUGAAUGGCAAGAGUGUCGUGUUUGGGCUGGGAAUCGCUCUCAUCACAGGGUUGUGUUAUGCAGCAUUCUCGCCGUUAUUCAACGUCGCUACUAAUGAUCAGUUCCACCUCUUGAAGCCCGGUAUACCUCAUCUGGUGGUCUAUACCAGUUUCUUUUACUUUUCAACUGCCUUCCUGAUCUGCUCAGUUGUUUUGAACGUGUACUUGCUUUACCAUCCGGUCUUAGGAAUUCCCAAAUCUUCUCUUACCAUGUAUUGCCAAGAUCGCGAAGGCCGCCACAUUGCCAUCGUUGCAGGCCUGCUAUGUGGCGUUGGGAAUGGCUUCCAAUUCAUGGGAGGUCAAGCUGCUGGUUAUGCUGCUGCAGACGCUGUGCAGGCUCUACCCCUGGUGGGAACUUUGUGGGGUGUGUUUCUGUUUAAAGAGUAUCAUGGCUCGUCCCGCAAGACAUACAUCCUCCUGAUUGGUAUGCUCUUGAUGUUCCUUACAGCAGUGGUGAUGCUUGUGGCAUCAUCAAUGCCUCGGCAUGGAUCCGAGACUUUGACAUGAACAGGAGUUUUCACCCUAUCAGUUUCUUCUUUUUGGAAUUUUUGCACAGUUAUAUGGUAGAUUACGCAAUUUACAUUCACUUUCUGUAGUGCACUCCAUGCGUGAACUACUUCGCUACAAGUUGUAACUUAAAUGCAAUUUGCAGCGUCCUUUAAUCUAAGCUCCUCUGUCGUAACCGA